UGCGUACUUGCUAAUAAUAUUUCGAUACGCAAUAAUUAAUAGAAGAAAUAUGACAAAUAAGUAAUAAAAAGCAUUUUAAUUAUUUUAAUUGAAAAAUAAAAAAGGAUUUAAGCCAAAUUUAAUCAGAUUCUAAUUGAACAUAUUGAUUUGAGUAAUAGUAAGUAUAUAACAUAUAUAAUAUAAAAAUGAUAUAGUAUAUAAAUGAAUAUAUAUUAAAAUAAGAUUAUUAUAAAAAUUGAUUAUUUACUUUAUUCUAUUUUAUAAAGUGUUUAUUAAAAUAUUUAAAACAUUUUAUAAAGUGUUUAUUUUAUAAAAAUAUUGCAUAUGAAAUUUCGUAUUUCGAGUAAUGUGCAUAUUAAAUUUUUAAAUUAUCAAAAUGUAUAAAAUAUAAAGAAUUAUAAAAAAUAUAUCAAUAUAUCAAUUAAGUUUUAAAUAUAUCUAUAUUUUAAAAUAUCUAUGAUUUUAAAAUUAUUAUAUGGAAUAUAAUAAUAACUAUGUUCAAAUAAUUAUAAUAUAAUAAUAGUUAUUAAAAAUUUAAUUCUAAUAAAAUUAUAUUUUUGAAAAGCCCGCCUUAAUGUUUUGAAAUUGUAUUCAAAAUAUGUAUAUAAGUAAGUACUUCCGAGAACUUAAAUAUUUAAGUAUAACUAGUUAUCUGUAUUUUAUGUUCAAGGUAUUUUUAAGUAAACUUCAAUUUUUUACAAUGUCUGAAAUUCAGAAAUUCGAAGUUUUAUUUAUUUUGGGAGGUCCUGGUGCAGGUAAAGGUACACUGUGCAGGAACAUUAAUGAAAAAUAUGGUUAUGUACAUUUAUCAGCUGGUGAUCUAUUAAGAGAGGAGCGUAUGAAUUCCAAUUCGAAAUAUGGAGAACUCAUUGAAAAUUAUAUUAAAGAUGGAAAAAUUGUACCUGUUGCAAUUACUUGUAGUCUUCUGGAUCGUGCGAUGCAGAUGACCAAUAGUCCUCAUAAAAGAUUUUUGAUUGAUGGUUUUCCACGAAAUCAAGAUAAUAUUGAUGGUUGGAAUGAGGCAAUGUCCAAUAAAUGUGUAAUAAAAGGAGUAUUGUUUUGUCAAUGUAGUAAAGAAGUAUGUACUCAGCGAUGCUUAAAUCGUGGUGCAGCGGGUAGUGGAAGAUCUGAUGAUAAUGAGGAAGUUUUAGUCAAAAGACAUGAAACUUAUAUCUCUAAUACGUUACCUAUAAUUGAAUAUUUUGAAAAAGAAGGCUUAGUAUAUAAAAUAAAUAGUAUGCAAUUACCAGAGAAAGUAUUUGAAGAAGCUAAAGAAAUUUUAUCUAAAAUAGGUUGGUGAUGGAUUAAUAAAAAAAUUUAAUAAAUGAUCUUAAUGAGAUCAAAUUAUGCCCUAUUUGCAUUUAAUGUUAUUUUAUUACAGAAAAAAUAUAUUUUGUAAAAAUAUUUUAUUCAAACUAAUAUAAUGUAUUAUAUUUGUAUUAUAUUGCAUUUAGGGGAUAUUAAAUUAUUCCAAAUUGUCUCAAGAUUUUUUGUUUUCUUAAUGUGAUUGAUGUAAUUGAUUUAUAAAGUUUAUUAUUUAUAACUUUACAAUAAUAUUUUGUAUAAAAAUUUGCAAAUAUUUUUUUGUGAUUUUUAAUAUCUAUUUAAUCAAAAUUUUGUGGAAAAAAUUAUUUUUAAAUAUGUUUAUGGAAUGUUUAUUUUGUUUAGAGAAAAUAAUGUAGGAAAAUUAACAACAUGAUUAGAGAUAGAUAUACGUACUAUGCUUAUAUGAAUAUGUAUUAUAUGUAAAAUAUAUUUUUGAUGCAAUAUUAA